AUUAAUAAACGUUUAAUAUUAUUAGAACAAAAAAAUUAUUAAUUCGACUAAAAAUGUGACCAUAUAAUCUACUAAAAGGGAAAAACUCCUUAUAAACUAUUAAAACAAAAAUUAAUAUGGAAGUACGAUUUUCAAUCUGUGGUAAAUAUUUCAGUCUUGCUUGAUCUACCUAAUGAACUUCUGCAACCAUUUGCAUCAGAUACAAAUGCAGCCAAAGCCUGGAUCCAAUCGAACAUUAUCGCAUUUUAAGAUAUCGAUUUUCGAUGCAUAGCCGUCGGCAACGAAGUUAUCCCUGGGCCUCUAUCACAGUUUGUUCUCCCUGCCAUGACAAACAUUCAGAAUGCAUUAUCAUCAGCUGGCCUUCAGAAUAAGAUAAAAGUGACUACUUCAGUCUCACAGGCAGUUCUUGGUGUUUCUUAUCCUCCUUCAGCUGGUGCUUUCUCUUCUGCUUCAUAGCCUUUCAUGGGACCAAUAUUGCAGUUCUUUGCAAACAAUGGAGCUCUUCUUCUUGUGAACGUGUAUGCAUAUUUUGCUUAUGCCGGCGAUCCGGCGAAUAUUCGCCUGGAUUAUGCUUUGUUCGCUGCCUCGGAACCAGUUGUGAUUGAUGUUCAGUUCAAUUACAGCAACAUGUUCGAUGCAAUUGUUGAUUCUGUGUAUUAUGCAAUGGAAAAUAUUGGCGGUCAUGAAGUUGGGAUUGUUGUUUCAGAGACUGGAUGGCCAUCAGAUGGCGGGACGGCGACGACGAUCGAUAAUGCGCAAACAUACAUAACGAAAUUAAUCAAACAUGUUGGUCAGGGGACUCCAAAGAGGCCAGGCUCGUUGGAGACUUACAUAUUUGCUAUGUUUAAUGAAAAUCAGAAGCCUGCUGGGGUUGAGCAGCAUUGGGGACUGUUUUAUCCUCAGAAAACGCCGGUUUUUCCGAUUAUUUUCCCAAAGUAGGAAGGAGAAUGAUCAUCCAUAUAUGUUUAAGUGUAAAGUUAUUGAAGUUUAGUAUUGUAAUCAAUCUAUAACGCAA